AAAAAAAGUAUAAAAAUAAUAAUAGCUAAAAAAAUUCGUAGGGGCGCACAAAAAACUUUUAAGUUUUUUUUUAAGAAAAAAAAUUAUUAUUUUUUUUUUUUUUUUUUUUCCACGAAUUCAUUUAUUUAUUUAUACAAGAUGUCAGCAUAUUAUUUUCAAACUUUGCCUCGUUACAGACGUAAAAUAGAUAUUGAAACGGCCAGCACUAAUAGUACUAUAGAUCCCAAUUCACCCGGGUUUACUACUAAAUUAACGAAACCACCAGCAUUAGGUUUAUUAAAUAAUAAAUAUAGGUUACACGUCAUACCUAAUAAUAAUUCAAGUUUAUCAAAUCAAUUUACACACAGAAUAUCUUAUAACACAAGGAAUAAUGCUUAUUAUGAAAAUAGUAUAUUUAAUAAAAAAUAUUUAAAAUCUUGGAAAAAAGGAUGUAUGGAAUAUGAUAAUAUUGCUUAUAAAGUUGAUAACGAACUUGAUUUACAAAUGGUAUAUUUAGCGAGAGAACCUGAUACCGAUAGAUCAACCGAACCAGAUGGUCAAUCUCUCCAUUACCGACGCGGUCCAAUCCAACUCCAACCUUUCAUCCGAUCAAUUCCGAUCUACUACCCACAUGUACACAUGAUAAUCAAUAUAAAUAUCAAAGUGAUAAUACAUUGAAAGAUGUUUCGUCAUUAAUUAAAGGAGAGUAUGGAUUUAAAUUAAAAGUUGACUUAAUCGGAGGAGAUAUAGAUGAUGCAUGGCAAAAAACUCAAUUAUUUAGACAAAAAAGAACUGG